CCGCGCCGCAGGACCCAGGGCAUCAUGUACGACCGCCAGGAGAUGUUCGACACGGCGACGACGGUGCCCGGCCCCGAGACGGACCUCUUCGGCGCCGCGUGCAAGAAGGCGGGCGUCUGGGGCGUCUUCUCCAUCACGGGCGAGCGGCACGAGGACCACCCGAAGAAGAACCCCUACAACACGCUCGUGCUCAUCGACGACCGGGGCGCGGUCGUCCAGUCCUACCGCAAGAUCCUGCCCUGGUGCCCCAUCGAGGGCUGGUACCCCGGCGAGGAGACCUUCGUGAGCGUCGGCCCCAAGGGCCUCAAGAUCUCGCUCAUCAUCUGCGACGACGGCAACUACCCGGAGAUCUGGCGCGACUGCACGAUGCAGGGCGCGGAGCUCGUCGUCCGCUGCCAGGGCUACAUGUAUCCGGCCAAGGACCAGCAGGUCAUCGUCGCCAAGGCCAUGGCCUUCAUGAACAACUGCUACGUCGCCGUCGCGAACGCGUCGGGCAACGACGGCGUCUACACCUACUUCGGCCACAGCGCCAUCGUGGGCAACGACGGCCGCACGCUCGGCGAGUGCGGCGAGGAGCCCAACGGCAUGCAAUACGCCCAGCUUUCGGUCUCGGCGAUCCGCGACUCGCGCAAGCACGACCAGUCGCAGAACCACAUCUUCAAGCUCAUGCACCGCGGCUACACGGGCGUCCACCAGUCGGGGGACGGCGACAAGGGCGUCGCGGCCUGCCCCUUCAAGUUCUACAACACCUGGGUCACGGACCCGGCCGCGGCCCAGAAGAUGGCCGAGGCCGUGACGCGCGACACCAUCGGCGUCGCGGCCUGCCCCGUGCCCGGCGUCCCGGCGCCGCCCAAGUGA